AUGGCGGGGACGGCUACCGCGACAUAUUCGACAGAUGCGUGGACGUCACCCAGUGUAGACGGCGGUCAAUGGGAGUUUUCGGUUCCGAUUAGACAGGAUAGCACUAAUCAUCGCUCCAAAUCCCGCUCGUCCCACGAUUCGCGCUCUAGAGGACAUCGGCCCAAAAACUCGCGCAGCUCCUCUCUGUCAAGACAGGUCCACGCCCACGAACAGUUCAAUGCGCGCGGUCGUCGCGAUUUCAGUCACAGUCGCCGUGAAAGCGAAGAAGUCAACGCGCACCAUCUCUACAGACACGAAGCCGCCGACCAUAGCGCUAGCAGUGCUAAGGCCUCGACCGAGAUCCCCCGUCAGGAUGGCACAAUGAAGACCAGCGAAGGCAUUGGAGUGUACCUCGGAGAGCUGGACAAUGAGAAAUGGAUUCAUCGGGAUAAACUGGCCAAAAUCGAAAGUCAAGAGCUGCAACAGUUGUUCCAGCGACGGACUGCAGCAGACGGUGUUCAGACUGGCCGUGGAGGAUCCCAUGAUCGUCAUGGAGCCAACGGACGCUCUUUUUCCCCGCACUCGCCAACCGAGCAAACGGAACCGUGGCCCAGCUUGCACGACGGUUCACCACGCGACUCUUACGACUCCAGGACUUUCUCUGAUGACGGCGGUCACCACGAUGCCACACAAGGCGAUCGUGAACACUGGGAUCUUCGCCGGCCGGAAGAAAUUGCUGCAGACGAGGCGAAGGAGCAGGCGGCAUCGGGCUUCUACCACAACCCCGGCUUGCGGAAGAGCUCUUCUCGGAUUCCACUUUCGAAAGCCAGUCCAGUACCUAUCUCGCCUGAGCACACAGGACGAGAGUUCCCCAUGCAGCGCACCAGAGCCCUCACCAAUGGAGAAGAUGAGGUGCUGUCGAUCGGAAUGCCACGUCGAGCCAGCGAGCCCAUGACGGUGGAGGCAGCAAACGGUCUACCUGCAGGUGGCAGCAGGCCUGGUAGUCGUGGAUUCCCCACACAGAAUACGGCGGCCAAGAAAACACCGGCGAAGGCAGGACAUACCAAUCGCAAGACGUCUGCCCCUCCCGCGACAAGAAAGGCGACUCCAAGAGCUCGUCUCCCGUCUAGCACCCAGCGGCUUGGAGCCAAAGCAGGCGAGGGUCGUGGUCCUAAUCCUAUCAAUCGGCCGGAAGGCGAUCCCCCAUGGCUGGCUACCAUGUACAAACCGGACCCGCGUCUUCCUCCGGAUCAGCAGAUCCUCCCCACACACGCGCGGCGCAUGCAGCAGGAGCAAUGGGCCAAGGAAGGCAAGACUCCUACGACAUACGACCGCGAGUUUUCUCCGCUUGCCGUCGGACCGGAUGGACCAUUCAAAAUGGAAAGACCGAAGUUUGAGACCCCGGAGCCGGCAAAGCCGCCGAUGGAGGAGAAGCCAAAGGAUGAACCGCAGCCUGCACCACAGCCAACGCUCCACGAGCAGCUCCCGACUAAGGAAGGUGAAUCUGAUGCACGGCCCGUCACAGGCAGCGGGUAUAGCACUAUGCCCCGAGUGCAAGACCCAAUGCCCGCAACACUGACCCCCAAAUGGAGCCCGCCGGUGGUGACGGCGCAAGAGCCACCGCCCAAGGAGAAGGGCUGUGGAUGCUGCAUAGUAAUGUGA